UUCGCUUGUUCUGCAUGCUGGUCUAUAUCCACAAUCACACUAGCCACUAGAAGCACUGAAGAAGCAGAGGGUGUCAAGCAUGGCGUCCAAGGGUCUUCUUGUGUUUGCUCUCCUGCUUGCUGCUGCUAUCCUCGUCGCCUCAACUGAACAAACUCAGGCCAAGAAGGAGGAGAAGAAAGCCGGUGUAGAGGGCUACGGCGGCGGCGGCGGCUACCCUGGAGGCGGCGGGGGAGGCUACCCAGGCCACGGUGGAGGAGGAGGCGGCGGCUAUCCAGGACACGGUGGAGGAGGUGGCGGAGGCUACCCAGGCCACGGUGGAGGAGGCGGCGGCGGCUACCCAGGCCACGGUGGAGGAGGCGGCGGCGGGUACCCGGGCCACGGUGGAGGAGGUGGCGGUGGCUACCCGGGCCACGGUGGAGGAGGUGGCGGUGGCUACCCGGGCCACGGCCACUCGGACUAA